CCGAACGUACCUGCAUAUGGCGGACGCUCAGUUUGUGUUUAUGUCAAUAAGGAACUGAUUUACGUUUGCGCGGGUGUGGAUUUAUAAAAUAUAUAAAUAACUAUGUGUUAGUGGAACCUGUGAAUUGUGUGAUUUUUUUGUGAUAAUGUUGUAUGCCUUUGGACUUGCCAGAAAUUUGGAAUCUUCGCGGGACUUAUAAAGACAUUCAGUUGCAGUUUAAUCUGCCUUACUCUGAAUAUGGAAACCACACCCGCGCAGGUGCAGGCGCGGCACGGCGCCGGUAAGAUGCGACAGCGGCGUCGCGCGCCCCACCGCACCGCCGCUCUGCUCGUCGCCUGCCUGCUCUACCUCAGCUGUCAAGUCGACGCCGCCGAUCCACCCGAAUUAACGAUUCGACCACAGAACCUGCAAGUACGAGUAAACGGAAUCGCCGCCUUCUACUGCGCCGCCCGCGGAGACCCCAUACCCAAUAUUCAGUGGCGAAAGAACGGCAAACGAGUUUCUAGCAUGCAGUCAAGGUACCAGGUGUCGGGUAUGGACGCAGCGGCGGGUCCAGGGGCGAACGGCGCCGUGCUACGUAUUGAGCCAGUACGCGCUACUCGAGAUGAUGCCACCUAUGAAUGUAUGGCAGAGAAUGGUGUCGGUGAUGCCGUUACUGCUAUCGCUACACUCACUGUCUUUGAAGCUGACAAAGUACCACCCGGUUUCCCGACCAUCGUCCAGCCUCCGUCGACAAUGGUAGUAGAAGUGGGUCACACCGCAACUCUUCCGUGCCAGGCGAGUGGCAUCCCGCCGCCCAGGGUCAGGUGGCUCUGGAACUCAUUACCCCUGGAUGUGGCGUCCAACCCUAGAUACGCUCUGCUCAAUGAUAAAAUGCACGGAACACUACAAAUUGUAAAAAGCGAAGAGGAAGAUCAAGGGAAGUUUGAAUGCGUCGCAGAAAAUUCAAUUGGAACUGAAUUCUCCAAACCUACGUCUUUGUAUGUUAAAGUAAGACGAGUGGCGCCGCAGUUCUCUAUCCCGCCGCCGCAAAAGACGGAGGUGAUGCUCGGUGGCAACACGACCCUCAAAUGUGUCGCUUUCGGAUCACCAAUGCCCACUGUCAAGUGGAGAAAAGGUCUGUCAAAAUGGCUGACAUCGGAAGACAACCCGCCUCUUGGAGUUAACACGCUGCUUCUAGAAGAUAUCCGAGAAUCCGCAAACUACACGUGCGAAGCGGCCAGCGUUCUCGGUGUCAUUGAAGCCACAUCAGAAGUCAAAGUACAAUCAUUACCAGGUGCCCCAAUUGAGGUGAGAGCCUCCGAGGUGACGGCGACAACGGUCCGGCUCGCGUGGACUUACAAUGGUCCUGAAGAACCCCAGUAUUAUGUUAUACAGUACAAACCUAAAUAUGCAAAUCAAGCCUAUAGCGAGAUCUCCGGGGUUAUCACUCAGUACUAUUCGGUGACGAAUCUAUCGCCUUACACGGAAUACGAGAUGUAUGUGAUCGCAGUCAACAAUAUCGGCAGGGGUGCGCCUUCUGAGCCGGCAGUCAUCACCACGGGAGAAACAGUGGAUUCUUUAUAUGGAGGUGCCAAACCUGGGUCAGCUCCGAGGAACGUUCAAGUCCGUCCACUCAGUUCAAGUACGAUGGUUAUACAAUGGGAGGAACCAGAAACGCCAAAUGGACAAUUAACGGGCUACAAAAUUUAUUAUACCACGGACCCUUCACAACCGUUGCAGUCUUGGAAUUCUCAGAUGUUGGACAGCAGUCAUCUAACAACCAUCAACGAGUUGACCCCCCACACGGUGUAUACUAUACGAGUGCAGGCGUUCACGUCCGUGGGCCCCGGCCCCGUGUCCGCACCAGUACAGGUCAAAACACAACAAGGUGUACCAUCCCAACCGUCGAACUUCGUAGCAGUAGAGGCGGGCGAGACCUCGGUGACGCUGCAGUGGCAGCAGCCCAUGCACGCGGGAGACCAGAUCGUCUCCUACGAACUAUACUGGAACGAUACGUACGCAAAGGAACACCACAGGAAACGGAUACAUAAGAUGGAAUCCUACACCCUGAACGGGCUGUACCCGAACACCCUGUAUUACAUCUGGCUUGCGGCGCGGUCGCAGCGCGGCGAGGGCGCCACCACCCCGCCGAUCGCAGUCCGGACAAAGCAAUACGUGCCGGGCGCGCCGCCUAUGAAUGUGACGGCGGUGGCGAUAUCGCCGACGGCGGUGCGCGUGUCGUGGCAGCCGCCGCCCGCGGAACGCGCCAACGGCCGUAUCGCGUACUACAAGCUGCUGUGCGUGGAGGCGGGCCGCGGGGACUCGGAGGCGACGGUGGUGCGGCUGAACGCGACGGAGUUCGUGCUGGACGAGCUGCGCCGCUGGACGGAGUACCGCGUGUGGGUGCUCGCCGGCACCAGCGUGGGCGACGGCCCCGCCUCCUACCCCGUCACCGUGCGCACGCAUGAAGACGUGCCUGGAGAGCCGCAAGACGUGAAGGUGACCACUAUCAACUCAACUGCGGUGCACGUAACUUGGAAACCGCCGCAGGAGAAGGAAAAGAACGGUAUCAUAAGAGGCUAUCAUGUCCAUGUCCAAGAGAUUCGAGAAGAGAGCAAAUCUUUGUUAAACGAGCCAAUGCGGUACAACGUGAUGGAUGAUACGAUAUUGGAGCUAAACGUGACAGGCUUGCAACCUGACACGAGGUACACCGUGCAAGUCGCCGCUGUCACCCGCAAGGGCGACGGCGACAGAAGCCCGCCGGUCACCAUCAAAACUCCUGGCGGCGUUCCCAAUAAGCCUACUGUUAACCUUAAGGUACUGGAACGUGAGCCGAUUGUCUCUAUUGAGCUAGAAUGGACCAAACCGACACAAACAUACGGUGAACUGCAAGGUUAUCGAUUGAAAUACGGAAUAAAAAAUCAAAAAACACUAGAAGAGAAUUUUGGAAUAAACGUCAACGCUCAUAGAUUAACUGAUCUGGAGAGAGGUGUCCAGUAUGAAUUCAGAUUGGCCGGAAGGAACCAUAUCGGCUACGGACAAGAAAAUAUCAAAUAUUGGCUCACUCCGGAAGGGGCGCCGAAGGGCCCACCGACCAAUGUAACUUAUCAUUUUCAAACACCUGACAUUAUCAGUGUGACAUGGGAGCCUCCUAUUAGAGCAGACAGAAGCGGCCAAAUCAAAAAAUAUGACAUUCAAUUUUACAAAAAAGGUGAUCAAUCGUCACUCGUAGAGAAAACAAAGGAAACGACUAAAGCAGUUUUUACCGGCUUAGAAGAAGAUGCUCAUUAUGUUUUCAAAGUAAGAGCGUAUACAGACCAAGGUCCCGGACCAUACAGUAAAGAUAUUACAGUUCAUACUGAAAGGGAUAUCGGAAGGGCGCCCAUGUCGGUCAAAGCUGUAGCCACAUCUGAAUCUGGUAUUGAGGUCUGGUGGGAAACGGUGCCAUCGAGGCGAAAAGUUAUAGGAUAUUCCAUUUUCUACACGAUGACACCCGUUGAAGAUUUAGAUGAAUGGCAGCAGAAAACUGUUCACGUUACACAUUCUGCUGAUAUAGAAAACUUGGAGAAAUUCGCGGAAUAUGCCGUCGCUGUAGCAACGAAAACGGCCGAUGGAUUAGGGAGACUAUCAGAAAAGGUUACUGUUAAAGUCCGGCCCGAAGAAGUGCCUCUACAUCUAAGGGCUCAGGAUGUAUCUACACACUCGAUGACCCUCUCAUGGUCACCACCUCUACGCUUAAAUCCUGUAAGCUAUAAGAUUUCGUACAAUGCAAUCAAAGAGUUUGUCGACUCUCUAGGGAUGACUCAAACACAAGAGAUACCUAAAAGGGAGAUAAUUAUUAAGCACGACAAAACAUCACAUUCUAUUAACGAUCUCUCGCCAUUUACGACGUAUAAUGUGAAUGUCAGUGCUAUCCCUAACGACGAUUCAUACAGACCGCCAACUAAAAUAACAGUAACGACGCAAAUGGCCGCACCAAAACCAAUGGUGAAACCGGAUUUUUAUGGUGUUGUUGAAAAUGAAAUAUUGGUUAUUCUUCCCCAAGCUUCGGAAGAAUACGGUCCUAUUUCACAUUAUUAUCUAGUUGUCGUCCCCGAUGAUAAAAUACACAAUCACAAACAUCCCGAUCAGUUCUUAACAGAAGAUUUAAUAAGAAACAAUGCAAGAAUAGAUGAUGAAAAUGCUCCAUAUAUCGCCGCUAAGUUCUUACAAAGGAAUAUUUUAUAUACUUUCCACCUAGGUAAUAAUGAGUCAUACGAAGGUUUUCUCAACAAGAAAUUAAACCCUAACAAAAAGUACAGGGUAUUUGUCCGAGCGGUUGUCGAUACGCCACAAAAACAUCUUUACACCUCUAGUCCAUUUUCGGAAUAUCUGUCUUUGGACAUGCGUGGAGCACCUCCUGGCGAAGAACCUAGCCGACCCGACCCCAAAGAUAUAAACGGUGAUCCGGAAAUAAGAAUUGAAGAGAACAGGAAAGAAGCUGGCAUGUUAUGGGUAAUCGGACCAAUCAUCGCAGCUUUGAUGCUUUCACUCUGCUUGGUUAUGUUAUUCAUAAUGAAGAGACGCCGUCAGCCGUGUAAGACACCCGACCAGGCUGCGGUCACCAGACCUCUAAUGUCAGCUGACGUUGGAUUCGGAGCACCCUCGGAUCCAGUCGAGAUGAGACGACUUAAUUUCCAAACACCGGCGAUGAUUUCUCAUCCACCAAUACCGAUAUCUGAACUUGCAGAUCACAUUGACAGGCUUAAAGCCAACGAUAAUAUGAAGUUUUCUCAAGAAUACGAAAGCAUCGAACCGGGUCAGCAGUUUACAUGGGAUCAUUCGAACAUGGAGGUCAAUAAACCUAAGAACCGGUACGCUAACGUUAUCGCCUACGACCAUAGCCGUGUUAUUCUGCAGCCUAUCGAUGGUAUACUCGGAAGCGACUAUAUUAAUGCAAACUACUGCGAUGGCUAUCGAAAACACAAUGCGUACGUGGCCACUCAAGGUCCUCUACAAGAAACCUUGGUCGAUUUCUGGCGAAUGUGCUGGGAGUUACGGACUGCUACUAUUGUUAUGAUGACUAAGCUUGAAGAACGAACUAGAAUUAAAUGUGAUCAGUACUGGCCCAGCAGAGGCAGCGAAACUUACGGCAUGAUGACUGUAACCAUUGCGGAAGUUCAAGAGUUGGCGACUUACUGCAUUCGUACAUUCCAAAUCUCACGGAACGGUGGAACUGAACGAAGGGAAAUCAAGCAACUUCAGUUCACCGCUUGGCCCGACCACGGUGUCCCCGAUCACCCGGCGCCCUUCUUACAGUUCCUACGCCGUGUCCGUGCACUGAACCCUCCCGACGCCGGUCCCUUGGUGGUGCACUGCUCCGCCGGAGUUGGCCGCACCGGUUGCUUCAUAGUGAUCGACUCCAUGCUGGAAAGAGCGCGCCACGAACGCACCGUAGACAUCUACGGCCACGUAACUUGUCUCCGCGCUCAACGCAACUAUAUGGUGCAAACCGAAGACCAGUACAUCUUCAUUCACGACGCACUCCUAGAGGCUGUCAUUUGCGGUGACACAGAAGUGCCCGCUCGUAACUUGCACGCGCACAUUCAGAAGUUAAUGCGUGUCGAUACCAUCGAGAAUAUCAAUGGAAUGGAGUUGGAAUUUAAGAAGCUGGCUAAUAUGAAGGCUGACUCGAGUCGCUUCGUGUCCGCCAGUCUGCCGUGCAACAAGCACAAGAACAGGCUGGUCCACAUAUUGCCGUUCGAAUCGACCCGCGUGUGUCUCACGCCCCGUGAUGGCUCCGACUACAUCAAUGCGUCCUUUGUCGACGGCUACCGGUACAGAGCCGCAUACAUCGCCACUCAAGGACCGUUGCCCGACACCACCGAUGACUUCUGGCGGAUGCUUUGGGAGCAUAACUCAACGAUUAUCGUUAUGCUGACCAAAUUGAAAGAAAUGGGACGCGAGAAAUGUCAUCAGUACUGGCCGUCUGACCGCUCUGUGCGCUACCAAUGUUUCGUAGUCGACCCGAUCGCCGAGUAUAACAUGCCUCAGUAUAUCUUGAGGGAAUUCAAGGUGACAGACGCUCGAGACGGGGCGUCGAGGACAGUGCGCCAGUUCCAGUUCACGGACUGGCCUGAGCAAGGCGUGCCCAAGAGCGGCGAGGGCUUCAUCGACUUCCUAGGACAGGUGCACAAGACCAAGGAGCAGUUCGGCCAGGACGGUCCCAUCACUGUGCAUUGCAGCGCGGGCGUGGGCCGCACGGGCGUGUUCAUCACGCUAUCGACGGUGUUGGAGCGCAUGCAGUACGAGGGCGUACUGGACGUGUUCCAGACCGUACGCACGCUGCGCACGCAGCGCCCCGCCAUGGUGCAGACAGAGGAUCAGUACGAGUUCUGUUACCGCGCGGCGCUGGAGUACCUCGGCUCCUUCGACCACUACGUCAACUGACGCGCGGACAUACUCCUCUAACACAUCUAGCGGACCUUGUCGCACUUUAUUUCCUUUUUGUGUACUUAACCUUGACAUAUGACAGCUUGUUUUGACAGCUAGUACAAUUGACAGUACCCUGUUUGAUGUUAAAUUGUGUAAUUAACAAGAUUUAAAUACGUAAAUAGACUGUAGUUAUCAAAUAAACGCCUAUAGUUCUAAAACCAUUUUCCGACAAACCAAUCAUAGCAAAUGACAAUAAUAUUUUUAAACCCUUACUAUAAAAUUAUCGUGAAAUCAUUGAUUUUUUUGUCUACUUAUGUAUUUGAAUCUUAGUAUACCUUUUAUAGUAAAUAUCAUUUUUUUUUGUUAUUUUAUGAUGAAAGUAUUUUUAUUGACAUUGACAGGUCCACGUAGGUUGUAGCGUAGUGAUGUUACCUUCGAUAUAGAAAAUAUUAUAACCGUUUUCGCAGCUAACGUUAAAUAUUAUAUACAUUGAAGCUAAAUAUGUACCAGUGCCUAGAGAAAGAAACUUAUGAUGUAAAUUUUAUCAUUUUGACCAUAAUUAUGAUUGUGAGACGAAAGGGUAAAUAUUAUUCUAUAUAGAAUCCCAUCUUACGGUAGCCUUAUACAGAUAUGGCUUAUUCAUCUCUCGAUACUGACAAUUUAUCAAAAUAUUUAUUUAAAUAUUAGUAUCAAUAUAGAUAAAAAAAAACUAUUAAAAAAAUGAAGUACA